CAAAAGUAGUACAUGUACGUUAAAUACAAAAACUACUUACUUUUUUAUUUUUAUAAUAAACAACUUUAACAUAAUUAUUUGAAAAAAUAAUUAAUUUUUUCUUAAUAAUAAGCUGCUAGGAUGUUGUGGUUUAAAUACAAGAGUAGCCGGACUUUUCUUGUCUUUUAUCAAUUCUUAAAUUUGUAAAUGUAAGCUUUUUCUGGUUUGGACUUUUAUUGAUUUUUAGUUGUUAUAUAAUAAAGACGUUAAAAUCAAUCGGUCUAAUGCUUUCCCACAACUCGACCGCCGUCACUAAAUAUGUUCUACAUCAAAUAUUACUGGAUCCUUUACAUUUACUGCACUUUUGCCGGCAUAUUCAGCUUAUUCCUUUUCGUCCAUAAACAAUGCGAGAACGCCAGGGAAUGGGUGUUCAACAAUGAUUUCGAAAACAUUCUGGAGAAGGAGUAUGAUUUUAUAGUGGUGGGUAGCGGAACAGCAGGCUCUCUUGUCGCGGGUCGACUGGCGGAAAAUGUCGAGCACGAUGUCCUUCUUAUCGAAGCCGGGGGUGAAGCUUCUUCCCUACAGGACAUACCGAUCAUAAGCCCGAUGCAACAAAAAUCACCGUAUGACUGGCAAUACAAAACAGUUCCCCAGAAGUCGUCCUGCUUGGGAAUGAAGGACAGAAGGAGCUUAUGGCCAGGAGGAAAAGUAUUGGGUGGAAGCAGUAGGUUAAAUUAUAUGGUAUAUCUUCGAGGCCAUAAGACUGACUUCGACAAUUGGACUUACCGUAAUGACUGGAGUUUUUCUGAAAUCCUUUAUUAUUUUAAAAAGUCUGAGAACCAACAAGGGCUGUACAGCAAUGACAAAAAACAUCACGGAACAGAAGGGCCAGUUUUUGUUUCUGAAUUGAGCUUCUCCACUGAUCUCGUCGAUGGACUUUUGGGUGCUGGAAGAGAACUCGGCUACAAAACGGUGGAACUCAAUCAGCUCACUUCCAGCCCUGGUAUGAUGCAAGUGCAAGUUACAGGUCACCGAGGUGCCAGGUGGAGCUCUGAUUAUGCAAUGAAAAAGCUUUUAAAAAAUCGUUUCAACUUGAGGAUAAUGACAAACACUUUUGUAGAGAAGGUUUUAUUACGAUAUGGUUUUGAAGCGUACGGUGUCCAAUACAAGCGGAACAACCAGAGAGGUCAAGUACUUGCUCGAAAGGCUGUGAUAUUGUCUGCAGGCACGGUGGGUUCUGCAAAAAUUCUGUUGCUGUCAGGCAUUGGGCCACAGGCCGAACUAAGGGAUAUUGGUAUCAAACCAAUUAUUGAUCUACCAGUUGGUAAAAAUCUUCAAGACCAUGUGACUUCAGGGCUCGACCUCAUCAUCCUCAAUCAGACUUUACCGCUGUCAGUAGAAGCCCUGCUAAAUUCACCCCUUUAUGCAUAUCAAUAUUUUGUUAAAGGAAAAGGUGUAAUGUCACACCCUGGCUGUGAAGUUGUUGGUUUAUUUCAUUUAGAAAAUGGAACAGGCCCAGAUUUACAGUUAAUGGCACUACCAUCUGGUUUAUCUACAGAUGCUGGAGCUGUAAUGAGAGAUGUAAUGGGUGUAUCUGAUCAGCUUUGGGAAGAAUACUUUGUUCCUCUAAUCGGUAAACAAGUUGUAACAAUUUUACCUUCUCUACUUCACCCUAAAAGUCGUGGCAGUGUGCAAUUGUCAAGUUCAAAUCCUGACGACCAACCUCUUAUAGACCCACAGUACUUAAGCCAUCCAGAUGAUGUCAAAAUACUUGUAAAAGGUUUUAGAUUAAUCGAAGAGCUAAUUGAAACUAACGCUAUGAAAAAAAUGGGCGCCCACAUAUAUGAGAAAGCAUUGCCUGGUUGUGAAAAUCUUCAUUUUAGAUCGGAUGAAUAUUGGGAGUGUUAUGUACGCCAUUUAACGCUUACUUCUUACCAUCCAGUCGGGACUUGUAAAAUGGGAAAUAAUGAAAAUUCAGUCGUAGACCAUAGCCUAAGGGUUCAUAAAACAAAUAACUUGUUUGUUAUUGAUGCAUCAAUCAUGCCUACUUUACCAAGUGCAAAUACCAAUGCUGCUGUUAUGAUGAUUGCUGAGAAAGGUGCUGAUGCGAUAAAAUACCAUGUACAUACCUCCAACCAUAUGUGCCAUUUAAAAGAGAUAUUUUUACCUCUGGAAAUUACCCUUCUUUAUUAAUUAUUACGCUUUUAACUAGCCAUAAUAAUUACAAUAAGUGAGUUAUUGUACGUAUUCAUUAGGUCAUGAAUUACUUCAUCAUGGAGGUAAUUAGAUGUUUAGUAGUUGAUGUAAGUUGUAGUAAACUAUUUUAGAGAUCAUAAAAUAAACAUCAAGUUUGUAAUUUAUUAGACAUCUUUAGAAGUUUAGAAUAGUUUAUCAUAACUGAUUUUUCAAAAAAAAAA